UAUUGACAUUGGGGGUUACUAGAAUUGCAAUUCUUCCGCUAGGAUGUUUAUCGCUGUCCUUUGCAUUUGAGAUAGUUAGGAUUUAGGUGUAAGAGAUUAAAUCAAGUAAAGUAGCAAGCUUUCAGAGCUGAAAGUGUUUUUGCCAUGGGGACCCAAUGGGUAUAUGGGUUUUAUGUGCUGAUAGGCAGUGUUUGCAUACUUUACAUAUUGGCAUGGAGAAAGAGGAAAAUGGGUCUUCCUCUUCCUCCUGGACCACCUGGUUGGCCAGUUGUAGGAAAUCUAUUCCAGUUGGGGCAAAGGCCCCAUGAAUACCUCAGCACUCUUUCUAAGCAGUACGGGCCUCUAAUGACACUCCGUCUGGGCAUGAGAACGACAGUUGUGGUGUCCUCUCCUUCCAUGGCCAAGGAGAUUCUCAGAACCCACGACCACGUCUUUGCUGGGCGAGUAGUCUUGCAAGGAAUCAAGAUGCUCUCUCACCACAUGUCCUCCAUAUCGUUUGCUCAGAAUGGACCCUAUUGGAGGAAACUCAGACGUAUUUCAACAACCGAGCUCAUGUCUCGCAGGAAACUUGAAGCUUUCCAGCAUGUCAGGAGAGAUGAGGUAUUCGAAAUGAUCCAAUCCAUUUUCCAAAACAAAGGAAAGAGUUUGAAUAUUGGCCAUACCGUGCACUACACCGCAGUAAAUAUAUUGGGCAAGAUGAUAUUCAGUACCAAGCUGCUCGAUCCCAACAAUCCCGACUCAAUGGAGUUCCUGGACGCAGCUAAGACAUGGUUGAACCUUGUUGGAACUCCUAAUUUAGUGGAUUAUUUUCCAUUUCUUGCCUUCUUAGAUCCUCAGGGGUUGGGUGGUAAGAUCACCAUGUGCUUACAAAGAAUUCAUCACUUCUUAGAUGUUCUUAUAAACAAUCGCUUGGAUAGUAAAAUCAAAGAAAAUGAUGCACACAAAGACAUGCUUGAUGUCCUGUUGGAAUCAAGAGAUGAUGAUCUGACUCUUACAGACAUCAGAGCUGCCAUUUUUGAACUUCUUACUUCUGGGAUUGACACGACUGGUUCGACACUAGAAUGGGCAGUGGCAGAGGUCAUUCGCAACCCGGAGAUAAUGAAACGGGUCCAAGCGGAGCUUGAUGAGGAAGUGGGGAGGAACAGAAGAGUCGAAGAAACUGACAUAGAACAUCUCGCAUAUCUUCAGGCAGUGGUGAAAGAAGUGCUACGGUUGCAUCCUGUCGCUCCUCUGAUGCUUCCGCACAGAGCUGACAGUUGCUGUGAUGUCUCAGGAUUUAGGAUUCCAAAACACACCCAGGUUAUGGUUAACGUGUGGGCAAUAGCACGGGACCCUGCCGGAUGGAAGGAUCCUUGCGUUUUUUCUCCUGACAGAUUUCUUCGAGGCGACAACAGUAAUGUGGAUUUUAAAGGACAGGAUUUUGAUUUUACACCGUUUGGAGCAGGAAGAAGAAUAUGCCUGGGACUUCCUUUGGUUGAUAAACUCCUCCAUUACAUUUUGGCUUCACUGUUGCAUUCCUUUGACUGGGCUCUUCCUGAUGGGAUGAGCAGAGACGAAAUCGACAUGGCCGACGUCUUUGGAGUUGUGUUAAAGAAACGCUCAGAAAUGUACGCAAUUCCUACGCCUCGCCUGUCGCAUUAUCUAUUCUAGGUCAAAUAAAUAAUGUUUUAACUUUUAACGUGCUGCGUUAAAAAUGU